GGCAGCAGAUAGCAACGGGGUGUGACAAACGACACGGCUGGCGUAAAUAUGAUUAAGUGAAUACAUAUUUGAUGUUAUUUGUAUGAGAACAAAAGUGUGUAAAGUAGAGUUAACAUAGUUUUAACCAACAGUAGCUGCCGUAUCGGGUUGUAGUCUGGUUUGACACCUGGAAAGUGUUAGCUUACGAUAAACCUUUUCAAGAUGUCUUUUCAAGAGUCACCUCAUCCCUCUGAUGAAGAGGAGACUUUCUACACGCAGUGCAGAGCCGCGUACCUGGCUGUGUUCAGGUCUAGUUUGACUCAUAUCGCUUCAAAACAGCAAUUAUGUCGUGCUCUCCAGCAGGCCGGCAGAAAUCCAUCCCGUGUAACUCUGAAUAAAUACUGGACCCCGAGGACAUCCAAACUCAACUUUGAUGACUUCUGUGAGAUCCUUAGGUGUGAGAGGAAGACGGAGGAAACAGAGCUGAUGAAAGCCUUCAAAAAGAUGGAUGUGAACGGUGAUGGCUACAUCUCACACAAAGAACUUGAGGCGACUCUUACCACUAGUGGAGAGAAUAUGACCCCUGAAGAGGUGAACGCCAUUUUCUCAUUAGCUGACAUCAACAAAGACGGCAAACUGGACUAUGCAGAAUUCUGCAGAUUGCUUGUGUCUACAGUAGAGCAGUGUCAGACAGCUGCUUUGGAGAGGCUAGAGACUAACGCCAAGCUGAAGAGACAGAACUUUGGCAGUCAGUCAUACAGCCCUCCGAAGAGCUCCGUGUCAUCAGCGGCGACAUCAGGAUCAGCAGCAGCAGCAGCAGCAGCAGCAGCAGCAGCGACCCUCCCUCAGCCACCAGAAACUCCCAGAGCCGACUCAGACACAACACUCAAGAAAGGUACAACAUGUGCUGUGACAACCGAGGGAGUAGUAAACAAGAAAGACAGCCGAUCGUCAUCUCGUCCUUCUUCGGCUCGCAGCAGACGGUCGUCCCUGUCCAAUCCGACCACGCUGACAACCAGCAGCGCUAAGGCUGGCAAAGUCCAAGAGCCCUCAGGCUUACAGGAGUGGCAUCAGAGUUCAGUGAAGGGCUGUUUCUUCGUGGAGGAUGAUGGGAGUAUCAGCUCUCUGCAGUACCAGCUCCACAUCCCGCAGACCACCAACGUCUACCUGACCAUCCAACCACUCAGCCUCAGCCACAGGCCUGACAAGCCCUCUCCGUGGAUGACAGUGGACACGGCCCUGUUCGUCACGUCAGCCGGUGAAACCAAAGAGGAUUCAACUCUAGUGUGCUUCACUGAGUCCAAAGACAGAGAGAAAUAUAUUUGGAGAGGAGAGUUGAAUGCUGGGAAUUAUUACCUGCUCCCCUUCACUAGUGGCUGCAAACUGAAGAAAAGAACUACAAAGAACCUCCCGAAUAAACCCGUGGAGCUCAUCUACAGGACGGAUACUGGGGAACUAGAUCUCACCAGGGAGCUCAGGGAGGUGCUGUCUGACAUCUUUGAAGUGAUUGACACGGAUGGGAACUGUUUGCUCAGUCUGGAGGAGUACAAUUUCUUCGAGAUGAGAACCAGUGGAGAGAAAUGUGACAAAGAUGCCUGGGCUGUCUGCAAAGAGAACUUUGAUAUGAUAAAGAACCAGCUGACCAGGCAGGGCUUCCUGGAGCUGAACCUGAUGGAGGCCACGGAGAAAGACGGAGACCCUGCAGACCUGUGGGUCACCCUGGAGGCCAUGGGCUACAACCGAAUGUUGGAGCUAGAAGAGGCGUGUCCGUUCCAGAUAGAAGUACACUGUGAAGGCACUCAGCCCGCCAUCCAGCCGCUCAGUUUGGACUCGGGGCCCAAGCUUCUGAACCAGGCCCUCCUGAAGUCCAUCACAGCCAGGAUCGGGGCCAAAGCACUGAGGGGCCAAGACAGCGUCUUCAUCUACACCUACAGAGGAGAACACAGGUUCUCCUCCGUCAUAGCCAACAAGAACAACCAGAAAGUGACCGUCCAUGUGAACAACGAGCAGAGCAGGAACUGCUGCAGCAGCAGAGGCAUGAGUGUGUUUGCUGUGGAGGUGCCAGCCAGGACUAAGAUGGUGUGCCAACAUGUUCUUCCCAUCAACGAUAAACAGGAUUGGACGUACAACUGUAUGGAGAGCAUAUUACCCUGCACGUAAGAGUAACAUCAACGACGGGCUUUAAAAAGGAUUCAAGAUGAACAGCAAUAGUUCUAAGUCCAUUUGGACUAUAAAAAAUAGUUGUGAUUGUUGGACUCAGUUAUUUUUACGAGACAUGAUAACAGUGACAGAUGCACAGUUUAUUUAUUAGUUUAUUAAAGCUUCAUUUGUCAGACUGUCACACCUGGAGAUUAAACCCUCUGCCCCAGGCUCAGAUGAAAGAAGUAGAGAAUGGUAUGAAGAACAUCUGAUAUUUGUUGUUGCUGCUUUCGUGCCUUUGUAAAUGUGACACCUCAAAAUUCCUUCAACAAAAAACAAUAAAAUAUAUUCAUAUUUAUCCUGUUA